AUGCGUCAAUUAAAUGCAGCCACGGACACUCCAGCUUCCAUGGAGAAGCCAGUGUCAACGUCGGCGCCGUCAUCUUUGGAUGCACCGAGCCCGCGACUAAGCUCUCCUGUAUACCAGGAUACUCGUGAAUCCCAGGUAUUUCCAAUGCCAACCCGUCAAGGACUUGGUUGUUGCCGAGCUGUGGGGUACUCGCAAUGCGUCCCAACAGAGAACUUCUAUGUGUGCAUUUUCGCGAAAGAGCUACGUCUUGGACUCAACACCAAACUGGAGGAGCGGUGUCAAGCCUUGAGCCGCAAGAUAUUUGGCCACAUACACCAUUGA